ACUAUAAAAACCCUCAAACCAUAGCACCUAAUUAAUAAAGUAAACAAAACCAGCAGCAUUCUGGCCACCGGAAACAGCGGCGGCGGCGGGUGAUGGCUGAUAAAAACAGCAAGUUGCAUUGCACAAACGAGAAGCACUUGCAUUUCUUGAACUCAAUGGAAGCUUCUUUUGUUCAAUCCAUGCUCCAAAAUAACUCCCGAUUUCCCCCUCUCGACCGUUUUCUACCAGACACCUCUGAUUCUACCCUGGAUUUGGACAAGUUUAAAUCAUCUUCCUCCACUUUUCAUACAGAUAAUGUGGAGUCCAGUGUGAGAAGGACAGAGAGAAAGACGAGAAUUUUAUCAUGCCAAAAAUCUUCUCAAGAUCAGGUGGUCCCAGAAUUUCAGAACAAGGGAGAUGAUAAAAGAUAAUCUUGAUGUCCCACAACCCAUCAACAAUAUAUUUUUAUCACUUCAGCUAGUUUUUUUUUUUGUUUUAUCUUAUUUUACUUUGGAGAAUUGACUAUUUAGUUAUUUGGGUAAGUAAAAUAGCUUCGCCGCCUAAUUGUCGUUACAUAAAUAUUGACUCAGUAUAAACAUUAAUUGAGGUUUGUAGUUUCA